CUGCAGGCGCAUUUUGUUCCCGACCCAGAAGGCGAUUAUUAGGCGCUAUCCGUGGGAGUAGCCUCACAGAGACACUCACGUGAUUUCAGGAAAAUGAAGACACAUACAGUCUGGUGUUUCUUCACGGUGUGCUUGGCUCUUUCUUUAACCCAUCAGCAUGAUGAACACUAUGAGAAUGGGGAGCACAAUGCUGAGUUUGACAAAAAACUGUUCCUUGGAGGAGAGGAAGAAGCUGAAGAAUUCACUGAAUUGAGUUCAGAAGAUCAGUUAAAAAGGCUCAAGUCGAUUAUUAGGAAAAUCGAUACAGACUCAGAUGGAUAUCUAACAGAGGAGGAGCUGAGUUCUUGGAUUCAGAAAUCUUUCAAACACUAUAUAUUAGACGAUACAAAAGAGCAUUUUGCUGAAAUUGACAAAGACGCCAAUGACAUUGUGACCUGGGAUGAAUACAAUAUGCACAUGUAUGACCGAAUAAUUGAUUAUGAUGAAAACACUGUUCUUGAAGAUGAAGAAGAAGAAUCAUUCCGGCAGAUUCAUUUGAAAGACAAGAGGCGCUUUGACCAUGCAGACAGAGAUGAGAUUUCUGGUUUGAAUCUGUCGGAAUUUACAGAUUUUGAGCACCCAGAGGAAACUGAUCAUAUGUCGGAAUUUGUCAUUGAGGGAGCUUUAGAAGAACAUGACAAGGACGGUGAUGGAUUUGUUAGUUUGGAAGAAUACCUUGGAGAUUAUACACAAGAUCCAGGUACAGUGGAAGAUCCACACUGGUUAAUCGUUGAGAAAGACCGAUUUGUGAAUGAUUAUGAUAAGGAUGGUGAUGGCAGACUCAACCCUACAGAGCUCCUCUCUUGGAUUGUUCCAAAUAACUUGGGAAUUUCUCAAGAAGAGGCGAGCCAUCUGAUGGAAGAAAUGGAUAAAAAUGAGGAUCAGAGAUUGAGCGAAGAGGAAAUUCUACAAAGCAAGGAUAUAUUUUUAUCCAGUGAAGCUACAGACUAUGGAAGGCAGCUUCAAGAUAAACAUUUUUACCAUGAUGAACUUUAGUUUGAUUUAAUCCAUAUGAUAUUGUUUUAUUAUUUUUAUUUAUAGGAGAUCACAAAACACCUCAGCUAGUUUGCUAGCUACACAUUUGGAAAUAGGAGCACACUGUUCUGUUGAGUAGAUGGGUUAUAAAUGCCAUUUAAAGCUUGGAAUAAGUAGUUCUACAUCUUAGCAUUUUGACCGACAUUUGCACAUUAAAUGUUCUCUUCCUUGUUACAGACUUUGGUUUAGGGCGGAGAUAUUGUUAAGUAGCAAUAUGCCCAUGCUGGCAAGAAUGAUGAUUGGACUCAUAGUUUAUCACUGUUGGAGAGACGGGACAUUGGCUUUCCCUCAUUUAAGCAUAAAUUGACUAUAUUUCCAAAUUUUACAAUUUGCACUUUCUUUCUCUUUGAAAGACUUCAAAGGAAAAUAUACGACUGAACUAAGAACGAAAAUUCUUUCCAUAUCAUGUGUGCUUGAGCAAAUCUGCCGUAUUGCUUGAUUAGGAAAGCACUUAGAAUACAUUUGCAUAAAUGGAAGGAUGUGUCCUGUUAACACGGUAAAAUGUUUAUGGAAACCAUUAGUGUUUAUUCAGACUUUGGUGGAACCUGCAAUAAGCAGCCUGUAACUGCAGUUUCACUGACUUUUUCUCUGUUACUAGAGAGUGCCACACACAGAUACACAAAUAACUGAACUGCAUAGCUACUUUUCUUCUGAAUCGACUACACUUAAGUGAGUACACUUAUAUUCCUUUUUUAUAUUUCUGUUUUCCUCCGGAUGUUUGCAUUUUAGGUUAAUACUCUAAAACGCAUCAGUAUUUCCAUUUGCCAUGAGCCCACCUUGGUUAUAAGAAGGUGCACAGGUAACAACCAAUGAUUUAAAAGAAAUUGCAUCUACUUUACUAACUUUAUUUUUUUUAAGUUGUAAUCUGUCCUGUUCCCUGUUAUUCUAUCCUAACUGCUGUGAUUUAUUACCAUCUUUCACAAAUAAAAGAUUACAGUAAUAUUUCAAGUUAGGCUUGUUCGAUUAUUUUUAUAGCAGGUGUCCAAAUCACCAUCACAAGUGUACAGUACAAUAUACACUGAAUUUAUGGGCUCUAGACUGUGAAAAAUGGAAUUCUGUAUUAACUUGUUUUAUAAUCACAUGGUUACAUAGAUAAUUUGAACUGGAAAAAAAGUUCAGCCCUUCCAAAUAAACCCUAGUGCACACAUACAUAUUUACAUAUUUAGAUCUAUCUAUUCAGUCAUAUAUAUAUAUAUAUAUA